AUGUCUUCAAUCGUAGAAAGCAUUUUAAGCUCAACUAUAGGCUUAUUGCUGAAUAAGGGUCGAGAUAUAUUUGCCGAAAGUCUGAAAGAGGGAAAUGUUGUUGAUGAAAGAUUUCGUAGAAUAGUAACGCAAAAACUGAACGUCGUCAGCGAGAAACUUGAUGGGCAGUGUCGCGCAAAGUUACUUUCUAGUCUUAAUUUUUUACACGAAGGCGUGCGUUUGCUUUGUGCUUCUUUUAAUAUUGAUUCAAAGGAGGUGCCGAAUAAAGCUAAUGAUAACCGUGGUGAAUCGUCAAAAUCGCAGAGUGGCGCUGAGUCUGAUAUCAUCUUGAACAAAGCGUUCGAACUUUCUCGCAACUUGAGGAAACUUAAUACCGCGUCAGAAUAUGACCUAAAGGCGGCUAUAAAGAGAUUCGAGGCAGCGCGUAAGACAGCAACCAAAGUUUUUUGGAUUGACACGUUAGAUAUGAAAGACCGACUUUUGGCUGCAAAAGUUCGUGUUGUUUCGGACGUACUGGAACAUCUUAAAAAUCCUAAAACGGCGAUCACUUCGUGCCUCGAGUUUUUAGAAAGGCUUAAUGCUCUACCUAAAAUUCGUGCCAAUUUCUCGUUGUUUAUACAUGGCGGUUUCAAGUGGAUGAUAAGCACUAAAGCUCAAUGGAAAGAAUUAGUCGAGCUUGUGGAAUCAGUCAUGUUAAUAAAUUAUUUUUUAUUUCAAUUUGUUACCCAGUUCAGCGAUAAGUACUAUUCUGCCUGCACCUGGCCGACUAUUCAACUUUCUGAUUGCAGUAUUAACCCAUUAAUCAGUUUAUCGGGAUAUCGGGGCGAAGACUUGAUCCAACUUCCCAACGAAUUGAAUCUCGAUGAACAAAUAGACCUGUAUUGCUCCGUUGUAAAUAGUCGGAGUCAUAUAAUUACAGUGAAUGAUGACGGCAUUGAAGUUAGUUUUCAAACAGGCAGACGUGAAAUGGUCCAGUUAAACGACCCAUACAGAGAAGAUGUAGAGAGCGAAGUUUUCGAUCAACGUACCACAGGUCUUGCUGUUGAUAAGGACGACAAUAUUUAUGUGUUACGAUUAUUAAAAAAACAUGGGAAAAAGAUUGAUGAAAACGUCCUGGUGUUGUAUGUACUGGAUAAAAAUUACGCUGUAAUUCUCACCCAAAUAUUGAAUUUUCUUCCAAAACUUGCGCUAUUUUUUACAGGUUUAGUGAAAUUGGCUGUUGGUAAGAACAACCAGACCCUCAUGAUUGCUGACUCCUUUGAAUGUGCAGACCUUGUGUAUGCUUUUUCUAACACUGGAGAGUACGAAGACAGCUUUCAGUGGAAACACUCUGCCGCUUUGCGAUGCUUUUUGUGUGUUUUUGUCAACAACGAAAUCAUAUUGGCCGCAUGUGAUGAAGUUUCUUUAAAACUAUACAGAAACCGCGAAGAAAAUACAGACAUUGCAAUAAAACUACCAGCAGGUCACACGGUUUGUGGGGUGGUAUAUCACUUUCUCGUUCGUAAAAUAAUUAUGUUAACCUAUUUCGAGAAGGACGAUUCCUAUUUCCUUCAUAAUUGUUGUAGCGAAACGGGCAAACUAGAGUCCUCGAUGUUUUUUUGUAAGAAAGCCAACAGUACACAUUCCCCUGAGAUAACAUCUCAUCCAAGUGGUCCAGUUGCUGUUGUUAGAGAGAGAAGUAUCACCUACCUUUAA